AAUCUACCAUUCUUUAAUUUUUAUUCCUAUGUGCAAAGUCAUCAUGAUCAAACAGGAAGCUAGUGGUAGUGAAAAGGAACAAGUUAAAUGGUCAGAUAAAAUGGAUUAUGCGUACAUCCAAGCAAUGAUUAAACAACAAGAGACGGGCAAUAGGGUGAAUGGUAGUUUCACACCAACUGCAUAUGCUCAAAUGGUUGAGGAGUUGAGCACAAAGCAUCAAAUGGAUAUUACCAAAAGUCAUUUGAAGAAUCGCUACAAAACCUUAAAAAAACAUUUUUCGCAAUGGUACGAUCUGUUUAGGGGAAUUUCAUUGAGCGGGUUCUCUUGGAAUUCGUCUACUCAACUAAUAGAAGCGGAGGAAGAAGUAUGGGAUAAUUUAAUAAAAUCAAAACCUGAGGCUGCGUCGUUAAGGACAAAAAAGAUUGCAUACUUCGAUGAGAUGUUGGUAUUAUUUGCAAGGGAUAGGGCAUCUGGUGCACAUGCUGAAACAACGAAAGAAAGAAAUGCCCGAUUAAAUAAAAAUGAAAAUAUUCAAGUUGAAACAAUUAAAGAAGUUGAUGACAUGUUAGCUAACAAUGAAAUUCAUUUGGAGAACGAAUAUGUUGAUCUUGAUGAUGACAUUCAGGAUGUUAUUCCACCUCCUUUUUCACAAGAACGGUCUUCAGGUGCAAAGAAGUGUAAGAGUAAAAAGAGAAAAUUUGAAGACGACGAAGAAGAAGAAGAUAUUAACUCAAAGAUAAUGAAAUCGGUUGAUAAUGUGGCUAGUGUUAUCAGGGAGGGUAAUAUAAUUUUUGAUAGAGCUUAUCCUCGGGAAUAUACAGGGGAAGAAAUUUAUAGAGAAUUGGAGUUGGUGGGUUUGGAACCCCAUGAAUUACCGAGGGCUCUAAAUUUUUUGGCAACAAAUCAAGCAAAAGAUAGUAGGACAUUGUUCAGUUGUCCCCUUCAGAUACGGAUGGGUGUCCUCAAAGAUAUGAUGGGUGCACGUGAUUGAAUAACCUUGGGUGAUUGUUACUGGAUUGAUCUAAUGUGUUUAUGAUUUUUUUUUUUGAGUUGUUUGUGGUUUUCGUUUUGCAUCUUGAAAACAAUUGAAUAACAUGCGGUUUUCCUUUUUACAAUUUACUUUAUAUUAAAAUAAAAUUGUUUUGUUAAUGUUUUAAGUAGAGGGGAGGAAGGGAGAGUUGGU